AUGCAUGGAGGGGAGAGAGUAGGUUCAAAUCAAGAAAGCACAGAGGGUGAAGAAAGGAUUAGAUUAAAACUAAGGCAGACACUCCUGGGGAAGGUACAAAAUAACGCAUCUCGCACAGUGUCGGCACUAGAGCAGCAGCGGUACGCCAUAACUAGCUUCAUUUUCUGUGCUGUACAACACUCACACUCUCACACGCCUCAGGAACCCAAGUGGAAGCAGUCAUGCCCGUUGGGAACUAACCAUAUUGUUCUCUAA